UGUUCCCAGUGUAGUCGUAGAAUCGAAAUGUCGAAAAUGUUGCAGUUGGACACGUUGGUCACCAUGCUGGCCUGCCUGACGAGCACACAAAAUGAACUUAACAGUGAAAUGCUGAAAUCACUGCCCAUCGAUAAUAGUACAGCAGGCACUUGUCCUAUUUCCGCUCUAAGUGGGUUCACCAACAGACUUCAAGCGCUUGCCACGGACAUGGCCAGUAUUAAGGAGCAGGUGGGCAGCUUACAGGAGCAGCUUGUGGAUUUGCGCCGUACAGCCACAUCGAUAGGUGCCACGCCCCUGGCAACGCUGCCCAUCGCUCUCGGCAGUCGUUUUAAUAAUUCCUCCAACAGCUUGGAUACGGACAUACUAGAUCCACAGGCCCUCGUCCCAGCAGCUCCCGCCACUAAGGGACCCACAACGCCGCACAACUGCGUCAAGCAAGAGCAUGGAGUUGUGCGCAUUCGACCGGGACCCAAUAUAGAGCCCUUCUAUGUAUUCUGCGACCAGAAGGUCCGUGGCGGUGGCUGGACAGUGGUGGCCAAUCGCUACGACGGUAGCGAGGACUUUAAUCGCAAAUGGGUUGACUACAAGAUUGGCUUUGGGUCCCUAACCACAGAGUUCUUCAUCGGACUGGACAAGCUGCAUUGGAUCACGGUCAGCGAUAAUUAUGAGCUGCUGGUCCAGCUCCACAAUCGCGAGGAGAAGCAACGCUAUGCUCUCUAUGACCAGUUCAGCAUUGGCAGCGAGUCCGAGCAGUACCGACUGAACGUGCUAGGCAACCACACAGGCGAUGCGGCCGAUGCACUGCGUCAGCACGCCGGCAAAAAGUUCAGCACCAGUGACCAGGACAACACUGAGAGCGGCGCAAAUUGUGCGACUGCCCAGUCAGCUGCGUUUUGGUACAGCAGCAGCUGCAACCUGAGCAAUCCCUUUGGCAUUUACCAGCGUAUUUUGGACCGCAAUGUUGAUGGCUAUAAAGGAAUUCUGUGGCGUGGCUUUUUAGAUGGGCCGAAGGGCUCGCUUAAGCGGAUCCGAUUGUCGGUGCGACCGAAAGCAGCUUAAAAAUAGCAUUCAUAUGUGUAUACUCAUGUAUAUAUGUAUAUAUAUUUUUAUCUAAACAAAUGCGUGCUCCAAUAUUGUAUAGCAUAAGUGUAAUAGCAUAAUUUAUAGAUAUCCCAUAACAAUAAAGACAAACAAACAAAA